AUGCUAGUAUCUUUCAUUCUUGCAUUUGCUGGGCUUACAUCAGCCCGUGCUAUCAAUAGCACUUCGGCAGCCAGCUCAUUUACCGCUGCACUCGUUCGCGCCCCUCCUGCUAACUGGUCCGAGCCUGUUCUCAGCCGUGUUUAUAAUGGAGUUAACAUUAACGCUACGACGGAACUCGGUGUUAAUUACAUCGGCCGCGCAGCCAAGGAUGGGGCUGACCUGGUCCUCUUUCCUGAGCUCUGGUUUCCUGGAUACCCUCGUGGUAACGAUGAUAUAUGGAUUGAGAAAUGGGUCGAUAACUACGUCGAUAACUCGAUUAAUGUUGGAGAUGCGAACUGGGAUAAGCUCGUGGCCGCAGCUCGACUGAACUCAGUGUAUGUUGGGCUUGCAUACUCUGAGCGUGUUGAAAGGGUCAUCUACAUGGCUCAGGCCUUAAUUGAUCCAGAAGGAGAGAUCAUUAUCCACAGGCAUAAGCUCCGACCAUCUGGUGGCGAGCGCAAUAUCUGGAGCGAUGGAUUGACUGAUGGGUUCAAAGUGGUCAAUACCACCUAUGGGCGAAUAGGAAUGCUGGAAUGCUGGGAACAUUUUCACCCGGCAAUGACUUUCCCAAUGCAGGCUCAAGCUGAAGCAAUCCAUCUGGCUUCGUGGCCUUACACACCGGACUACAAUGAACCAGCUGCCCUAGCUUUUGAGAAAGCUGAAAUUAACAUGGCUGCGGCAUCCCUUUACGCAGUCAACAGCGGCGCAUACGUACUAGUUGCCACAGUAGGUCGUGCCGCAGCCUUUAGUCCGGAUGGAUCGGAGUUGGCGUCCAUUUCUGCCAGCAUCCCCGGGAAUGUGGCUCCGUAUCUUAUGGUUUCGCUCAACACAACGGGUUUUAAUGGCCUCCCCGAGUUUAAUGCAAAUGGCGAACAGUCCUGGGGUAUCUUGAAAGAAAUUGAGGAGGGCUGGCCUGCGGAUGUCCCCAAGGAGAACGGGACGUUCAGGAAUACCGUUACUAACCGUUUCUGA